AUGUCUGGAGCCAAUGUAAGAAGGCAUGUACUUCUGGAGAAGAACAAAGUUUUGAAACAGAGAGAGAAGACAAGUAGCCCUAAACACCUCAAGAGAAUCUACCCAAUUGGGCUUCACAAGAGCACUUCAUCUCUAUCUCUAUCUCUGUCAUCAUCUUUGUCAUUGUCUCUGUCAGAAAACUCCUAUGAUUCUUCUCUCACUGAUUCUAGCACACUGGAUCAGAAGAUUUCCGCGGCGCUCCGAUUCAUUGCACCAACUCAAAGAAGAGAAUAUAAUUCCCCAGUGGCUAAAGUUGUCCAGCAGCAAAUUAGUCAGGCGCAGGAUACUAAUGAUGGGGAAUUGAAGAGGUGCAAUUGGAUAACAAAGAACAGUGAUAAAGUUUAUGUAGCGUUUCACGACGAAUGCUGGGGAGUUCCAGCGUACGAUGACAAUCAAUUGUUUGAGCUGCUUGCAUUGUCUGGUAUGUUGAUGGACCACAACUGGACUGAAAUUGUCAAAAGAAGGGAGCUCUUCAGGGAAGCCUUUUUCGGAUUUGAUCCAAACAAAGUUGCCAAAAUGGGGGAGAACGAGAUCGCAGAGAUAGCCUCCAACAAGGCAAUAAUGUUGGCAGAGUGCAAAGUGAGGUGCAUAAUAGACAAUGCCAAAUGCAUAUUGAAGAUUGUGAGGGAAUGUGGCUCUUUUAGCAGCUACAUGUGGGGUUCUGUGAACCACAAACCAGUCAUCAACAGAUUCAGAUAUCCAAGAAAUGUUCCUCUGAGGAGCCCCAAAGCAGAAGCCAUGAGCAAGGAUUUGAUCAAGCGAGGGUUUCGAUAUGUUGGGCCAGUCAUUGUGUAUUCCUUCAUGCAAGCUGCAGGGUUGACCAUUGAUCAUCUUGUGGAUUGUUAUCGAUACAGUGAAUGUGUGAGCCUUGCAGAAAGACCUUGGAGACAUAUCUAAUCUAUUUAAUUAACAUCAUGAAAAUAUUUGUAUCAAAUGUUCUUUAGAAACUUCAUUUUGUUUAAUGUAAUAAAUUAAUAUUUGGCUUCCAUAUGUAGCUCUAUGGUGGUGACUAAUAUUUUUAAGUUAUGCAGAAAUGGAAUAGCAUCCAAGUUGAA